AUGGUACUGUCGGGUCGGAUCCGCUCCCUCUUCGAUGAAGUUUGUGUGCAUAUAGGUACACAGAGAAGGCAAGGCAAGGCAAGGCAAGGAGGAGAAGGCAAGGCAAGGCAAGGAGGAGAAGGCAAGGCAAGGCAAGGAGGAGAAGGCAAGGCAAGGCAAGGAGGAGAAGGCAAGGCAAGGCAAGGAGGAGAAGGCAAGGCAAGGCAAGGAGGAGAAGGCAAGGCAAGGCAAGGAGGAGAAGGCAAGGCAAGGCAAGGAGGAGAAGGCAAGGCAAGGCAAGGAGGAGAAGGCAAGGCAAGGCAAGGAGGAGAAGGCAAGGCAAGGCAAGGAGGAGAAGGCAAGGCAAGGCAAGGAGGAGAAGGCAAGGCAAGGCAAGGAGGAGAAGGCAAGGCAAGGCAAGGAGGAGAAGGCAAGGCAAGGCAAGGAGGAGAAGGCAAGGCAAGGCAAGGAGGAGAAGGCAAGGCAAGGCAAGGCAAGGAGGAGAAGGCAAGGCAAGGCAAGGAGGAGAAGGCAAGGCAAGGCAAGGAGGAGAAGGCAAGGCAAGGCAAGGAGGAGAAGGCAAGGCAAGGCAAGGAGGAGAAGGCAAGGCAAGGCAAGGCAAGGAGGAGAAGGCAAGGCAAGGCAAGGCAAGGAGGAGAAGGCAAGGCAAGGCAAGGCAAGGAGGAGAAGGCAAGGCAAGGCAAGGCAAGGAGGAGAAGGCAAGGCAAGGCAAGGCAAGGAGGAGAAGGCAAGGCAAGGCAAGGCAAGGAGGAGAAGGCAAGGCAAGGCAAGGAGGAGAAGGCAAGGCAAGGCAAGGAGGAGAAGGCAAGGCAAGGCAAGGAGGAGAAGGCAAGGCAAGGCAAGGAGGAGAAGGCAAGGCAAGGCAAGGAGGAGAAGGCAAGGCAAGGCAAGGAGGAGAAGGCAAGGCAAGGCAAGGAGGAGAAGGCAAGGCAAGGCAAGGAGGAGAAGGCAAGGCAAGGCAAGGAGGAGAAGGCAAGGCAAGGCAAGGAGGAGAAGGAGAAGGCAAGGCUAGGAGGAGAAGGCAAGGCAAGGAGGAGAAGGCAAGGCAAGGAGGAGAAGGCAAGGCAAGGAGGAGAAGGCAAGGCAAGGAGGAGAAGGCAAGGCAAGGAGGAGAAGGCAAGGCCAGGAGGAGAAGGCAAGGCAAGGAGGAGAAGGCAAGGCAAGGAGGAGAAGGCAAGGCAAGGCAAGGAGGAGAAGGCAAGGCAAGGAGGAGAAGGCAAGGCAAGGCAAGGAGGAGAAGGCAAGGCAAGGAGGAGAAGGCAAGGCAAGGAGGAGAAGGCAAGGCAAGGCAAGGAGGAGAAGGCAAGGCAAGGAGGAGAAGGCAAGGCAAGGAGGAGAAGGCAAGGCAAGGAGGAGAAGGCAAGGCAAGGAGGAGAAGGCAAGGCAAGGAGGAGAAGGCAAGGCAAGGAGGAGAAGGCAAGGCAAGGAGGAGAAGGCAAGGCAAGGAGGAGAAGGCAAGGCAAGGAGGAGAAGGCAAGGCAAGGAGGAGAAGGCAAGGCAAGGAGGAGAAGGCAAGGCAAGGAGGAGAAGGCAAGGCAAGGAGGAGAAGGCAAGGCAAGGAGGAGAAGGCAAGGCAAGGAGGAGAAGGCAAGGCAAGGAGGAGAAGGCAAGGCAAGGAGGAGAAGGCAAGGCAAGGAGGAGAAGGCAAGGCAAGGAGGAGAAGGCAAGGCAAGGAGGAGAAGGCAAGGCAAGGAGGAGAAGGCAAGGCAAGGAGGAGAAGGCAAGGCAAGGAGGAGAAGGCAAGGCAAGGAGGAGAAGGCAAGGCAAGGAGGAGAAGGCAAGGCAAGGAGGAGAAGGCAAGGCAAGGAGGAGAAGGCAAGGCAAGGAGGAGAAGAAGGCAAGGAGGAGAAGAAGGCAAGGAGGAGAAGAAGGCAAGGAGGAGAAGAAGGCAAGGAGGAGAAGGCAAGGCAAGGAGGAGAAGAAGGCAAGGAGGAGAGUAAGAAAGACACACAUGUCCUGUGGCACAAGAAUCUGAACAAUAGACCCUGCAAGAAAAUGUCUACAGCACACCAUGCACUGCAAAAACCUACAAAAGAACUCCUGAAGGACUCUAGUUUAGGAGGCACUUGGGGAGCUAGCUGA